UCAAAGAUAUUCAUAAUUUAAUUGGAGCAGACAUAGAUUUAAAAGAACCUUCAUUGGAGUAUGAUGAAUUGAUAUCAAUGGAAAAUAUAUCUGAAUUACGAAAAAUGAACCUUAUUAAACUAGUAAAAGUAUUAUGUGGCUCAAAACAUUUUCCAAAUGUUUGUACAAUGUUGGCAAGAGUGGCAGCUGCUAAACCUCAUAGUGCUGAUGUUGAACGUUUGAUAAGUGCCAGCAACUUAUUAAAAUCACCAUUACGCUCAACUAUGAAUAUUGAGUCAGAAAACUUGAGCUUAUAUAUAAAUUAUAAUAUGCCACCAUUAUACGGUUGGGAUCCUAGGGACACAGUUUACCAUUGGAUAUCUAAAAAGAAACAUCGAGUCCUCAAAAGAAGAAAAGGAAAGGAACAAAGUUAUUUUGGUGGAGUUUUCCUUGAAGCAUUUGGUAAAAAUAAAUUUAUCGAUAGUGACGAUAGUGGCGAAGACACUGAAGAUAAAAAAAAAAUUAAUCUGUUAUUAUUAUUAAUAAAUUAUAAUAAAUAA